AUGGCCUCCCACUCUGGGGAGCCAGGGCUCCUGCCCUGUGGAUCCUGUGACAUGGUUUUCCGCUCCUGGGCCCUAUUGGCCACUCAUACUCAGCACUUCUGCAUUGGCCGUUUAACCCAGGAGGUGACACUUGGAGCACAGCCUUCAAAAGCCUCUGAACCACGAGGCCCCAUGCUUGUGUCACAGGAACACCAGGGCUUUCCAGACCAGGAGGCCAGCAAAUCGGCUCUAAGGAGGCUAACAGAAGAGGUGCAGGGACUGCGGCUGUACUUGCAUGAAAUGCAACCCUGGAUAACAGCAAUUCCCAGGGGGUCAGCGGGGCCCUGGGAGCGUUCAGAGGUUCCAACCCAGGGCCCCAAUUCAGAGUCUGCUGGGAGCCCCGGCGAGCGGCUGCGGGCCCUGCACCUUACUCACACCAGGCGUGCGGCGGAGACAAAGGCACAGAGCCAGGCUCUGGAGCUACGCCGCGAAGAACUGAAACGGCGCCUCCAAGGUUUGGCCCAGACCCGGAGCGGUAUAUCACGUCUAUUAGGCCUGGAGCGGGAGCUUGGAGAACUCCGGGCCGAGGCUGGGCGAACAAGGGGAGCUCUAGAGGUGUUAGGAACGCGCGUUCAGCAGCUACAGUCCGAGCCCCGGACCUGGCUAAACUCGCGAGAGACAGAACUUUGUUGUCCAGUGCUACAGUCCCAACCAGUGACUCUGGCUGCUGAGAUCGGAGCCUUGCGUGAGUCCUACAUUCGAGGUGGGGGCCAGGACCCCGGCGUUCUGGGCCAGAUGUGGCAGAUGCAAGUGGAGGCAUCAGCCCUGGAGCUUCGGCGGUCACGUACCCGCAGGGGAAGGAGGGCAGGUUCCACGUCCCGGGAGCUUCUAGUAGUGGAGGCUGAAAACCGGCGCCUGGAGGCAGAAAUCCUGGCUUUGCAGAUGCAGAGGGGCACAGGUCAGGCACCCUGGGGGUCCAGGGAGCCACAAUUUGUAGCCAAUCCCAGCCCACUCCUGAGGAGGGAAGAUCCCCCACGCCUCCCACCACCAGUGGCUCCCCCGCUGCCACCAGGACUCAACUCUUCCCCACAGCCACAGCUUCCUGGAGCCAUAACCAGAAACCUGGGCUUGAAUCCACACUUUGUCCUGCCCACAGAUGACAUUCUGGGCCCUGCACCCUAUGACCCUGGGGCUGGCCUGGUCAUUUUCUAUGACUUCCUGCGGGGCCUUGAGGCAUCUUGGAUUUGGGUGCAACUGAUGACUGGCUUGGCCCGAGAUGGACAGUAUACAGGAGGGACCACAGCUUUGCCCCCAGCCGUUUGUUUGCCCCCUCCUCCAGCUCCUGGGCCCAUGGGCAACUGUGCCAUCCUUGCCAGCAGGCAGCCUGUACUCAGACUACCACCCUCACCAUCAGUAUCCUUAGUCUGUGAGCUACAAGCCUGGCAUGGACUGGCUUGGGCUAGGGCACCACAACCAAAGGCCUGGGCCUCGCUGGUGCUCUUUGACCAGGAUCAGAGGGUACUAAGUGGCCGUUGGCGACUCCCACUUCGGGCCCUUCCUCUGGAUCCCAGCCUUAGCCAUGGGCAGCUAAAUGGAAUUCCCCAGGUGGGUCAGGCUGAGCUCUUUCUGCGGCUGAUGAAUGCAAGAGAUGCAGUUAUUCAAAUGCUGGCAGAGAUCAAUCCAACCAGUGCCCAUGAGUACCAGUACCCACCUCUGGUGUACAGCUCAUCUUCACUGGAAGCCAGCUCACUUGCCCCAAAGGCUGGCUUUGUUGAUCCCCCUCCUCCCGCAGAAGAGCCCCUUAGCAGCAGAGUCAAGGGUAGAGAUGAAGGUUUGGGCCCUCACCAGCUUUAAUCCACCCCCACUGGCUUUCUGAGUCCAGGAGAAUGUGGUAAGAAUAGUUUUAACACAUACAGGAUUAGAUCCUAACUUAGGCCUA